UCAAGAAAGCAUUGUCAUCGUGAAAAGAUUGAGCGCGCUGCCGGGGGCUAACGCAGUGCGUGCGCUGUUUGUGUGCGCGUAGUUCCGGGCAUCUGUGUCGGUGGGCCUAGGGGGUGCGGUUGGACCGUAUGGCCGACGGCCUCGGCCGCAGCGUGCACAAGGAGCCCGCGGCGGCCUUCGCGGUUAUGUCUAUCGGCCCGGGGCUGUCAGAAUUCUUCUUCAGAAUUAUGUAUGACCAGCAAGCGCGCCGCGACCUCCGGGCGGCCGCGGCCGGCGUGCGAAACCGCGCCGAAAAACGUGCAAGCAUACACGUCCACCGGAGCUGCAGAAGGCGGCGCGCGCGAGGCCCGCCCGGCGCUUCCCCUGGUCUGUUCGGUCGUUCUUUGGCCCGCCCAUCGUUUUGAAUGGGCGGCGCCGUCGUGCUUGUUUCCCGCCCACCGAAAAGAGGGCGGGCGGCAAGCGUCUGCGGUCUGUUCUGAUCCCCCGCGCGCGCGCCCGCCGAAGUGUCCCGGGCGGGCGGCUCUUUGGCGGGCGCGAUUGCCGGGCCCGCGUGGUUUAGCCGGCCGCGGGCGUGGGCAUUCCUUCGGUCGCGCAUUUGCCUGGCAAACGCCAGGCCCCCGCCACACACUUACAGAACCGACCCCGCGCGCGCAGCCCCUUCGGGCGUGUUUGGCCGCCCGCCCCGCCCCUCGCCCCCUGGUUGGGCGGCGGGGGGGCCGUGCGUGUGGGUGCGUCUGUGCGCGCCAUUGUUUCGAUCGUUCGGUCGCACGCGCGCCGCGCGCAUUCAAAUUCUUUCAUGCCGCCCCCCUGCGGGUGGGCGCCUACCUUCCUUGCCUGGCUCCCUCCGACACAGUCUGAUCGUUGGGCCCGUGGACCUGCAUUGGCCUGGAUGCAUGGUCGAUAGGUUGUUGCCCUUUCGCCGGCAAUGCAUAUGAAAGAAACAAAAGGAAGUCAAAACUUAGAGGCGCC